AUGCCGCCUAGAAAACCUCCUCAUGUCGUUUGCUACAUAUGUGGUCGUUUGUAUGGAACGACGUCAAUCUCGCUCCACAUUCCAAAAUGUCUGGAAAAAUGGCAGAUCGAGAACAGUCAGCUACCGAGACAUUUACGACGAAAGCCGCCUCAGAAACCAGCAGGAUGGGGUAACACUGCUUUGUCAAAUGACCCGAGGGAAAGAGAAUCGCAACUAGAUGCCAUGAACGACAUGGCUUUCCAAGCUUCGCAGAUGCAGCUUGUUCCGUGCGAGAAUUGUGGACGGACUUUCAACCCAGAUCGCUUACCAGUGCACCAGAGAAGCUGUCGACCUAAUAAUCCUCUCAAGAUAUCCAAAAACUUUGAUCCUUCGAGGGUUGGGUCUGGAAGGCAGAGCACGCCGGGAGGGGGUGAUUAUGGCAGGAGCCCGCCACCCCCUAGAAAGCCAAAAACUGUUGUGUGUUUCAUAUGUGGCCGAGAAUUUGGUAGUAAAUCUAUCAGUAUUCAUGAACCACAAUGUCUGAAAAAGAGGGAGCUUGAAAAUAGCCGAUUACCGAAGCAUAUGCGAAGACCACCUCCUGUUAAACCAAGCAUACUUCCCAGUUUGUCUGGGGGGGAAGACCUCGAACGCAGGAACCAGAUGGCAUAUGAAGCAGCUCAAAAACAGCUGAUUCCCUGCAGAAACUGUGGCAGGACAUUUCUACCAGAAAGGCUAGAAAUUCAUCUGAGAUCAUGCAAACCCGGGAGCAAGACAGUGCCAAUAAGACAGUCAGGUAGGUGUGCUAAAAUUAGUCUUUACCAGGGUUUCAUUUAAAACUGGUUACCAGUGCUCUUCUACUGCCUAUAGGACCUCUCAAUACUGUCUGUUUAGGCUGCAAGCAGUCUCUCAUGUUUUGGAUUUUGAUUCCCAUGGGUGACCAAGACAGAAUUUCUCCUUACAUUCUUAAUACAAUGUGAACCAGAUAAGUGAUGAGAAUAAAGAAAAAUAUCAGUUUGGGGAUAAUUAGUUGAUCCAAUACUAAAUUCUCUGAACUAACAUUAUAAGAAUUGUAUGGUUGACAGUAAGGAGAAUUGAUCUGGUAGUUAAAGGGGUAAUUACAGCUCCCUUUUGGGGCACAGCUGCCUAUUACACUAUUAGUACCACUUGUGGAAAAAGUUAUUAUUACCUCUGAUUUCUCACCAAGCCUUUUGAGUUUGUGGUUUAGGAGAGACUUUAGGAGUUCGUGUCAUUUGAUGUAGUUUUCUAGAGAAUGAAAAAAAAAGAUGAUUGCAAGCUUAAAGAAAAUUCUCAUGUGUCUCUUCAAAGGUUCAGCUCGCCGACUGUCCCCUCUUACCAACCCAGGGGAGAUGAAUGCUACCCACACUGGUCAGUACGGCAGACAGAGCCCCCUUACCAGGUACAGUGAUCAAAACAACAACAUCAGUCCAUUGGCUAAGGACAAGACUUUCAUCAAAGGAAAGUCUACGAAAUCCACUCCUCCAGCUUCUUCUCAACGUCCUGCAAGGUUAAAGCCAAUGUCCAAUACUCGUUCACCAUCUCCAUCAUACAACCUCACUGGGAAUUCUCCUGUGAUAGGGAGUCAACCAACAGAGCAGGCAUCUGAACCAGCCAACCUGGCUCAGUGUUAUAACUGCGGCCGCUCAUUUGCUGCAGAUCGCUUAGCAAAACAUGAAAAUAUAUGCCGCAAAGCUGGUAAACAAAGAAAGGUUUUUGAUGCUACAAAAAUGAGAACACAAGGGACAGAGGUAGCUCAGUUUAACAGACCUGGAGCUAGGAAGGCACCUGAUCCACCCAAACCUAAAUCAAACUGGAGAAAGAAACAUGGUAAGGAAUUUGGUGAUCAACCGUGAAUUUCUCCUAACUUCAAUACAUUGUAAUGCAGAAUGGUGAUGAGAAAUGAGAAAAGUCAUCAGCAAGGGGAAUAUUGUUUGAUCAAGCAGCAAAUUCCCAGAUAUAAAAUCAUAAGUAAUAUAUGACAAACAGUGUGGGGAGUCUAUAUGGAGAUUUUAGGUGUGAAAGAGUUUUAAAGCAGCUGAAUAAUUAUUAGAUCUGUGAUGCCUCAUUAAUGCUCUGUACCACAGAUUUACAAAGUGUGCGUCAUUUCAUUUUCCAACAAUGAUUUCUUAUUGUUUAUAUAAUUUAUCUUUCUCUUGGUAGAGGAAUUCAUUAAUGCCAUAAGAGAUGCCAAAAAGGUACAAGAACACAUCAAGCGAGGUGGCAAGGCAUCAGAUCUUCCCCCACCACCUCCUAGUGAGAACCCAGACUAUGUGUUCUGCAGGUUCUGCCAGCGACGCUUUGCACCAACAGUGGCUGAGAGGCACAUUCCUAAGUGCCAGAACACAGCAAACAGGCCUUCACCUCCCAAGGCAAGGGCCUUGCAGGCAAGUGGAGGGCGUUUUAACUCCAGGAAUCCUACUUCCUCAACAAGGAGAGUUUAUCGGUAGAAUGUAUAGUUACCCUAAUACUAAAUAUAGCCUCUGACGUUUAUAGUGGAACUCUGAUGGUUGGGGGGUUCGACAUCAAACCACAGUGAGGUAACAAGGAGCCUGGCUGUAGCAGAUCACUUCAUGUGGUGUUCCUUUUACUGUUGUUGAAAUUUCUGUCUUCUUUCUCCCCAAAUUAUGUGGCACAAGCAGGUUUAAGUUGGUGUGUAUGAUCACAACAGGGAAUUAAUCAUGACAUAAUGUUACAGCAACUUGUGACCUUGUUGCUGUCUUGACCUUAAACUUUUGCUGAACAUGCCCAGUUUAGAUGAGACAGGGAUUAAAAUGGCUGAUUACAUGGGCCAGAAUGCCCAGGUUGUCAAAAAAUAUUUACCUUCUCUUUGUGACAUGUGUAUCAAUGAGCAAGGCAAGACUUUCAAACCUGUUUGGGAUAAGGGCCCUGUUCCUUUCCCUCUUCCCCCCAGAAAAAAAGAAAAAAAAAAGAUCAGACUUUAUGGAAACUGGAGGAAAUGAAGCCUUUACAUGAGCUUAGCUAGACAAGGACAAGCUGACCC